UGUACUUAACAUCAUAACUGAGCUGGUGAUAUAAGGAUCUGGCGAAAUCGCACAAUAAAACAACAACAUCAACAUCUAUCAGUGAUAGAAGGAAUCACAAUAACUCCGACCUCUACCCCUAGCUGACAUCCAUCCAUUGCCUUGCCAUCAUCAUCACACCAUCUAGUGUAGCUUCCGUUAGUUUCCAAGCAACAUGGAUUUCGAUCAUAUAUUGGCAAAAUGUGGCGACUUUAGUCGUUAUCAAUUAUUAAUAUUGACUCUUUUUGGAGUCGUCAAUGUCAUUGUAUCAAUGCACUACUUUACCCAGACUGUGAUAAGUUUUGUACCGGAUCACUGGUGCUACCAUGAGAAAUUAGAGAAUAGGACAUUCGAUGAAAUAGCGGCCAUAUAUUCCAAGUUCCCCAAUCCUUCGUGCACAAAACUGGCCGAUGUGAAUGGCCUUAAUGCCACAGCCAGUACGGAGAAGUGUACCCGUUGGAUAUACAACUAUGACUUUGGUUAUCGUAGUAUGAAUACGGAGCUAAACUGGGUUUGUGAGUCCUCGUAUAAGGCUCGCAUUGGACAAUCGCUGUUCUUCAUUGGCUCUGUGGUGGGAACUUUGUUCUACGGCUUGCUAUCGGAUAAAAUUGGACGUUUGCCAGCUUUGAUUUUGUCAAACCUCUCCGGUUUCAUAGGCGACUUUUCCACCAUCUUCACAAGCAGUGUGACUUCAUUUACAUUGUGUCGCUUUAUUUCCGGCUUGGCAGCAGAUACAAAUUUCUAUCUAAUGUAUAUAAUAGUUCUAGAAUAUCUACGCCCCUCGAUGCGCACCUUUGGCCUUAACAUGGCGGUUGGUGUCUUCUAUACCAUCGGCUUAGUUUUCACUCCCUGGAUGGCUGUCUUGGCUGGCCAUUGGCAGUAUUACUUGGCCAGCACUUCGAUACCCAUCCUUUUUAUAGCCACCUACUACUUCAUGGUACAGGAAAGUGCCCAAUGGCUGGUUACCCGCAAUGAUGUUGAUGGUGCUAUUAAAAGACUGAAACGUGUUGCGAAAAUCAAUGGCCGUAAAGUCAGCAUUACCGAUUUUGAGGAGUUCCGCAAAUACUGUGAGAAACAGCGACAAAAGCAGGGUGGUGAUGAUCAAAAGCAUUCGAAUUUGAUUGAUAUGUUCCGAACGCCCAGAAUGAGAAAACACACCUUGAUAUUGUUUUUCAAAUCCAUGGUUAUUACACUCUGCUACGAUGUCGUCUCGCGUAAUGUCGAAGGAAUGGGCAUUUCACCCUUCAUCAUGUUCUCGCUCAGUGCUUUAGUCGUUCUGCCAUCCAGUCUCAUGUUGGUGCUGCUUCAAGAUCGCAUUGGACGCAAAGGCAUGGCUUCGGGUUCCCUAUUGGUGGGUGGUUUCUUCACCGUAGCUGCUGGCAUAGCUAUUGCGUAUCAAAAAGGAAGCCACAAUGCCAUAUUAUUGGCAUGCCUGACAAUAGCAGCACGUUUUGGUGUGGCCAUUUCGUAUGAGUCGGGUUCGCAAUAUGCCACGGAACUUAUACCGACAUGUGUUAGAGGACAAGGUGUGGCAGCGGUGCAUGUAGCAGGAUUUGCGGCUUCAUUCCUGGCGCCUUAUAUACUAUGGCUGGGUACAUUCUUCAAGGCGGCACCUUCAAUGAUAUUGGGUGUGUUAUUCUUUUCGGGUUCAUUGGUGUGUCUGUUAUUGCCUGAGACAUUGAAUAGAUCCCUGCCCAAAACCUUGGAAGAAGGUGAAGAGUUUGGCAAAGGCGAAAGUAUGUUCGAUUUUCCCUGUCUCUCGAAAAACAAAAAUAAAUCCACGGAUUCGGAUUCCGAAAUGGAACCCUACGAAAAGAGAAAACAAUCACUGACCGCUGGCCUGGAGCACGGCAAUGGCAGUGCCCAUGUCAUAGCCGCUAGUCGGCAUGACAUUAUAGAUGAUAACAGCAAUAGUUGUGCAUAGAAACACCAAAAUGAUUGAACCUCCUCCAGAGCCUGUUUAUUCUACAACCUGCUCCCCAUACUCAUAAAGUACAUUAUAAAUAAAUAAAUAAUAAUUUAUGUUUAAUCUUAGCUCGAUACUCUGAAACAAAUUUGCAAAUAAGUAUUUUUAUACCUACAAUGAAGAAAAAGAAAAAUGAAGAGAUACAAGUGAUUAUGUGCUGAUAAUAUUAAGUCCUAACAAAUAUGCCUUUACUACUAAACAAAAGUCUACUUAGAAACACACACACACAAAAACUCCAAUCCAUUUUUUUCUACUUGAUCAUAGGCUUAGAAUUCCAUCUAAGAGAAAAGUUUCAAUAUAUCAUUGCUACAAGAGAGAAACAUGAGAAAAAAAAACUUCUUCUUAUACAAAAAAAAAAAAAAAAAAAAAAAACCUCGAACUCUCUAUGUAUGCCAUGAUAUUCCUCACUUAGGGAUUUAUUUACUUAUAACAUAAAAUAAAAA